CCUUGUUAUCUUAACUUAACCGACCCCCAUGAAAACUGAUGAGAUAACCAAGAACAGCCGACCUCAAGUUAACGUUUCACUUUCUUUCUUUUUUAGCUACCUAUCCUGGCAGCAAGACAUAUUCUAAAACUGUUUUUAGAAAGUAAAACGCUAAGACUAUUGCGGUAGUUAACGGUCUGGAGCAUUCUCCUGGGACAUGCUAUUUUUCUUCCCUGGUACCUUCCCCGAACGAGAGGCGCGCCGAAGUGUUCAUUAUGGACUGGUCUACUCUAGCCUCCUAUUACGUCUCGCUGAACUUUGUGGUCACUCCCACAAACGAAUUCGUGUUUUCUUACUAACUUCCCUGCAGUUUUCAUACCCAACGUUACACAUCGUAGAAGUGGAAAAUACAGUCAAAUCUGAUUGAAGAGUUCAUAACUUUUUCAAUCUGAGUCCUGUCCUUGACCAUAUAUUUCUGUGCGCUUGUUCUGCAUUCCAACUGGGAGUGAAAGUUACGCAAGACCCAACAUGGACGAGGCAGAGAAGUACCAACAGAGAGUGCAGGCUAUAGAGGACAAGCGACGUAAGCAGCAGGACGACGAGAAAGCAAGGAGGGAGAUGGAGGAGGAGUGGCUGACGCAGGCCCAGCUCAAGCGGAAGUCCUUGAGGGACCAGUGGCUGAGCGAGAACCCCCAGCCUGUCCCUGGGCGCAGCGCUGAGAACUACACAGAGGAGUUGCCAACUGAAGAGGAUAUAGUGGAGGUCAUUGAAUCCACAAGCUACACAGUCACCAAUGCCCAGAACCACAGCCAGGCUGACAUUGAAGAGGGUGGGAUACAAGUCAUCGUCAGAGCUGCUGGGGGUCAGCUCCCUGGGCCAGUAAUGGAGAGGGUUCUCCAUGAGAAUGGACUGGAAGGUCGAUCAGUGCUGGGGAUGGUUGCAGUGCAGGUGGAGAGGGAUUCAAAGACAGGGGUCACCAAGAUCAGGUCUGUGGUGCCUGUGUCUGGAGCACCAAGGGCCUUGGGGGAGACGGUGUUCAAUGACAGCAGGAAGAGCGUCCACCAUGUCGGUGGGGCAGAGGGGCAGCCUUCUGCUGAGGAGCUGGGACAGCUCCUUAGUGUCAUCAACGAUGUCGGGAUGCAAGUGCUGCUGGAUGAGAUCCCAGUUGUACCACAACAGAAGGCAGAGGAGAAGAUAGAGGUUGGUGGUGGGAUGGAAGAGGAGGUGGACAAUGUGGAGGACCCUGCCACACCUACAUCCCUGGGCUACACUGGGGAAGAGGUUGAGGUUGUGGAGCAUGAGGAUGAUGAGAUGGACGAGGAGGUAGAAAUAGGAGUGGUGGAAAUUGUGGAGGGCCCUACCCGACUGACCGACCUGGGCUACGCUGAGGAAAAGGUUGAGGAUCUGGGCUGUGAAGAUGAUGAGAUGGACAAGGAGACAGGAGUAGGUCAGGUAGACUUUGUGGAGGGCACUGUCACACUGACCUUCCUGGGCUACACUGAGGUAAAGUCAGAGAGGGAGGGUCUGGGCCAUGAGGAUGAUAGAGAGUUGGUGGAGGUGGAGCGGGUGAUCAUUUCUGACUCGGGUGAGGAGGAGAUUGUUUUCCAGUCUCCUGUUCUUGGAUCUGAGACUGAACCCUUUCUGGGCUACACUGAGCAAAAGAUUGAGGCUGUGGGGCAUGAGGAUGAUGAGGAGGACGUGAGUGGAUUGGUUGUCUUUGUGGAGGGCCCUGUCCCACCUGUCAUCCUGGGCUACACUCAGGAAGAGGUUGAGGAUCUGGGACAUGAGGAUGAUCCUCCCAGACCAACCCCACGCUACAGAGCCGAGGAAACAGGAAAGAGGGCAUCCAUACACAAUACCAAGUGCUGCUCUAUCAUGUGAUUCUGCACAUGAUAGAGCAUCACUCCC